GUUGCCAACAACCGUGAUGCCGCCUCAUCUCCCGCGGUGAUUUCGGCUCCUUCAGCUUUAAAAAUUUACCCAUUCUCAAGCAAGCCAAUGACGAUGUAAUCUGUAAAUUGAAAAUGGACCAGCUUGUGCCCAUGACUCACACUUUCGGACUCAACAAAUAUGCAUUCACGGAAGCAAAGUGUUUCUCAGAGAAUCAAGAAACCCCCCAGCGUCAUGACUACUUCACUGGAUCAGAAGACAAUGUCCACCAAUCCUCCUUCUCCAGCCACUUCCCAUCUUCUCUGGCAUUGUCUCUUUCUCGAGCCAGCCUCCCACCUUCUACUCCAGGUAGUACGGCCAGCCAUGCUCGUAAACCUUCCAAGUUUGGUGCAGUUGAGUGGUUCAAGCUCAAUCAUUUAGAUAACAGCAAACGUAGGAAUUCUAUGCCUAGUCGCCUACGGACAGCUUCAGUAUCUAGUGCUGGAGAUGGUUCUAGCUCUGAAAACUGGCCUCCAUCGGCAAGUCAAGGCUCCGGCCAGUAUGAAGUUACACCGCCUUCAUCAGUCCAUUCCAUUGAUCUGCGGAAGGGACCGGACCCUAGUGAUCGUGCCUUUACAUGCCUGCUUGCAGAAGAUAACCCCAUCACAGCGAAGAUAUUGGAGACUUGGUUGAUUUGCCUUGGAUGCCGCUGUGUUGUAGUCGCAGACGGGUUGGAGGCUAUCAGUGUGGCUAUGGGAGAUAUCAAAUUUGAUUGUAUCCUGAUGGACUUGCACAUGCCAGUCUUGGAUGGUGAAAGCGCUGCUCAGUAUAUUAAGAGCACCAAUAGUAAGAAUAUGAAUUCACCUAUUAUCGCCGUGAGCGCCUACAGUGGUGUGGAUGCCAACAAUCUCAGUAACAUAUUUGCCGCUUCCCUCACCAAACCUCUUCAGCGUGCAGAUUUGUUGGCUGUGAUGCGGAAGCUAGGAUUCAAGAUGUCUACUGUGCGAGGUGUUUCUCUUGCGGCCAAAAUCACUUCUGCUCGUGCCUCGUGAUCCAAAAUCUUUUCGUUCAUUGUGUCAUGUUUUAGUUGUCUGCUCUCAUUUCAUUAUCAUUUUUUCUCUUUCUUUGUGUUUGCAAUGAUCCACUAUGCCCUCCAUCAUCACUUCUCCUUACUUUCACCAUAUAGUUCAACACAAACAUCCC